AUGCCUCGCUACACCGUCACCGAGCCUCACCCGACCGUGGUGCAGGACACAUAUACUCACCACGGCCGCGGCGGUGCCGGCAACUAUUUCCGCGCUCCGGUCACGACCUCGUCCACCGGCGUUCCCACCACGACGUCAAUGCCCCUGCCGCCCAAGACCAAGACAUUCUACUCCGGCCGCGGCGGUGCCGGCAAUGCCCACACAUCAUCUGACUGUCCCACGAUAUCCUUCGACGAGGUGUACAAGGUGCAGAGCCACAUUAACGAGAAGCCCGUAGGCCACGUCGGCCGUGGUGGAGCCGGAAACGUGUACGGCUCUUCCCAUGACGCCGGCGGCAACACCAGCUCCAACCCUAAGGGCAAGGACAGCGACGCCGUCAGCCAGCGCAGCGUUAGCAGCUCGGGAAGCACUCUCUCCGGGUUCAUGGGUCGGUUGAGUGGGUUCAGCUUGCGCAGCCACCACUAG